AGAAACACGAGGCAAUGUGGUUAUCAGUGAAUCGAGCAAGGUUCGCCGUGUUUAAAGUAGACCGAGAUACCGGGGCUGACUCGAGCCCCGUUAAGUCCCUGUGACCUUUCGUAGUUUGUGGUGACCUUCACGGGAGGUUGACCGUGGAACUAUUCGUCCGUCCACAACCUACUUGUUCUUCAUCGUUUCCCCUUUCUGUUGUGAUACAUCGUUUCGAGCAGAAGUUUGAAUUUGUACAAAUUUAAGAGUGCAAAAGAGCCAACAAAAUGUCAAGAGAACGUGUAUCCAGGAGAUUUUACCGCAUGGACAGCAGUAAUGACUUAUUAGAAUUUAUGGAUCGUGGAUAUUCAGCACAGCAUGAAAAUCGAUGGAAUUUUGAAGUUGCAUGGGAGGCUGCCAAUAAGGUUGGUGGUAUAUACACUGUAAUACGUUCCAAAGCUUUUGUAUCAACAGAAGAAAUGGGAGAUCAAUAUUGUCUUAUUGGCCCAUACAAAGAAACCUCAGCACGUACUGAAGUAGAGGAAGCUGAUUUUCCACAUAAUAAUCCAUUGCAUUUAGCUGUACAAGCUUUGCGUGACCAAGGAUUUAAAGUGAUAACAGGGACCUGGCUAGUGGAUGGAAACCCACAGAUCAUUCUGCUUGAUAUUGGAAGCGCAGCAUGGAAGUUGGAUGAAUAUAAGCAGGAAUUAUGGAAUACUUGUAAUCUUGGUAUUCCUCAUUUGGAUAUAGAAGCCAAUGAUGCAGUUAUUCUUGGUUAUCUUGUGUGUCAAUUUAUUUCUGAAUUCAGACAAGCUGCCGAAGGGUAUUGCGACGUUCCUCCUCGAAUCGUGGUUCAUUGUCACGAAUGGCAAGCCGGUGUUGGUAUAAUCGCAUUAAGAACCAGACACGUAGACGUUGCUACAGUUUUUACUACUCAUGCCACUCUCCUAGGAAGAUACUUAUGCGCGGGAAAGAUUGAUUUCUAUAAUAAUUUAGAUAAGUUCAACGUGGACGAAGAAGCAGGAAAGCGUCAAAUUUAUCAUAGAUACUGUAUGGAACGUGCAGCUACGCAUUUAGCGCACAUAUUCACAACUGUUUCGGACAUAACAGGUUUCGAAGCGGAGCAUUUACUGAGACGAAAACCUGAUAUAAUCACACCAAACGGGCUCAACGUGAAGAAAUUUGCAGCAAUUCAUGAAUUUCAAAAUUUACACGCUGUUAGCAAGGAAAAAAUACACGAAUUUGUGAGGGGUCAUUUUUACGGGCAUUAUGAUUUCGAUCUGGAUAAAACCUUAUACUUUUUUAUUGCUGGACGUUACGAGUUUGGAAACAAGGGCGCCGAUAUAUUUAUCGAGGCUUUGGCUAGAUUGAAUCAUUACUUAAAAACAUCUAGACCUGAUAUGACCGUCGUGGCGUUCCUUAUUUUUCCAGCGCGAACUAAUAAUUUUAACGUAGAGUCGUUGCGUGGUCAUGCUGUUACCAAAUCUUUAAGAGAUACAAUUAACGACAUACAACAGAAAAUAGGAAAGCGAAUGUAUGAAUUGUGUCUUUCUGGUCGUAUGCCUGACACACAAGAUCUUUUACAGAAAGAAGAUACCAUCAAAAUUAAACGAUGUUUAUAUGCCCUGCAAAGAAAUGGUUUGCCUCCGGUCACCACGCACAAUGUCGUAGACGACUGGAACGAUCCGGUAUUAAACGCCAUCAGGAGAUGCAAUCUUUUCAAUACAGUUAACGAUCGAGUGAAGAUAGUAUUCCAUCCAGAAUUCCUAUCGUCGACGAAUCCAUUAUUUGGGCUUGAUUACGAAGAAUUUGUCAGAGGAUGUCACUUAGGUGUCUUUCCGUCGUAUUAUGAACCUUGGGGUUACACACCUGCAGAAUGUACGGUUAUGGGUAUCCCCAGUAUAACCACAAAUCUAUCUGGUUUCGGAUGUUUCAUGCAAGAACACAUAGCUGAUCCAAUGAGUUAUGGUAUUUAUAUCGUGGACAGACGAUUUAUUGGCCUGGAGAACACUGUUCAACAACUUGCUCAUUAUAUGUUUGAUUUUGCACGACUGAGUCGUCGACAACGUAUUAUUCAAAGAAAUCGUACCGAACGUCUUAGUGAUCUACUCGACUGGAGAAACCUUGGCAUCUACUACCGGCAGGCCAGAAUCAAAGCUUUGACAAUCGUUUAUCCGGAACUCGCCUCUGAAUAUGCCGAAAGCGGAGUAGGACGUUUCAGUUAUCCCAGACCUAUUAGUGAACCACCGUCGCCUUCCUCUUCGAGACACACUACUCCUGCUGCGUCGGUUCACGGAUCCGACGAAGAAGACGAAGUGGACGAAGAGAAGGAGCUAGAGGAAUUACGCCAAACAACUGGCACAUAAAUGGUAAAAAGAUAUGUAAAAAUUAGUGGCGAAUAAUUGUGUAUAUUAGAUGAAUACGUGGAGACUUUACGAUAGUAGUACUAAUAAUUUGUUUAAUAUAGUCUUCCAUGAAGAGAAUUAUUAAAUUAAAUAAGACGGUUCGUCAUACUUUUUACUUUUACAGUUACUCAUCAUAUACUCUUACUCCUUUCACACCGUAUAAGAAAUAUGAUCAUGACAACAUAACAGUAUAUUACAACAGUAUUUACAUUGCACGACAUGCAAAAUCAUCAGAAACAAGUCUUCCACGAAUCUUAUUCGCACGUAAUGUUCCACUGAUCUAUCGAUGAGAUUGUUAUCUUUUAAAAAUUAUAUUUAAUGUUACGUAUAUCCAUAUAUUUAGCGAGUGUGUUCCUAUUGUAUAGAGACGGUUAUAUAUUUUUAUGAGAAUUAGAACAAGAAUAAGAGUUUUUUAACAUUUUUAGUCAUCGAGUCGCCGGGAUGAGCGAUAUUUUUCAUCAUCCUGUGAUGUUCGUUCUUGUUAAUACAAUGUUUUCUGAAAAUAAAGCUUUGAACGUAUAUUUUAA